AUGGCAUCCAAGAUUGGGUGCUUGUUGGCUUUCACUGCUUUGCUGAAGGCAUCUCUAGCAUGGGGUCCAGUUCCCGCCACAUCUUCCCGGAUACGCCGAGUGCGGUGUCAGCUGGGUGCUACCGAUCUCGCGAUGAGUGCUAACCUCCAUGGACAGAAUUCAUGUUUCCUACCCUUGAAGCAACUAGACCAGGACUAUUUUGCGCCUCGUAUAAUUCAGAUUGCUGGUGCCUACCCAGGGUUGACUCGAGAAGAAUUCUUUGCCGUUACGUCGGAACCAGCACCUGAUGUGGGCCAGUGGUCGUAUGACUUUAGUGAUCCCGAUGGACCUCAGAUGGGAACCGUUGCUGUGGAAGGGAGCCCACAAGUGCAUGACUGCGAAGAUCCAGUUGUCCUCAUUGCGGAGCAUCCAUCAUUGGGCGUUCCUCUGCCCGACGAGCUUGAAAAUCCAGUGGAUUUAGUGGUUGUGGUGGACCGAGCUCUGAAAAAUUUUGCUGAACGAAAGUUCUUGGUUCUGGAUAUUCCUGGCCAAGAAGGAGUGCACAUUGGAGCUUAUCCCACCAAAAGUGAUCUGCCCUCUGAUGCUACAAUUUUGGGACAAGUUGAGCUAGUUCAAAUUCCGUGGUUGCCCAGCAUGAAGCCCACAAAAUCCGGUUUCAUGGAAGUUGACGAGUACUUCUAA